CACUGUCACUUCCUGCCGAGGAGCCGUGGUACCAGCUCUCGCACUGAGCCAAGUCCAUGCUGCUGCCGAGCGGACAGAAGCUGCCGCUGGGGUCCCAUCGCUGACGGGGAGUGGGAACUGCCGGUAUAUCCCGAACCAUGGGGGCUCGGGCGUUGUUCCGGGCCCUCAUCAUGGGUCCUCCCGGCUCGGGGAAAGGCACCGUGUCCGAGCGCAUUGUCAGCACCUUCGGGCUGAAGUACGUCGCCAGUGGGGAGCUGCUGCGGGAUAACAUCCGCAGGAAGACCGAAGUUGGAUUACUAGCCAAGUCAUUUAUUGAUGAGGGGAGUCUGGUGCCAGAUGAUGUGAUCACUCGGCUAAUACUGCAUGAACUGAAAAGCAUAAAUCAAUAUAACUGGCUGCUGGAUGGGUUUCCCAGGACUGUCCCGCAGGCAGAAGAAUUGCACAAGGUUUACCAACUGGACACUGUUAUUAAGCUGAAUGUCCCGUUUGAAACAAUCAAAGAACGUCUGACAUCUCGAUGGAUUCACCCAGGCAGUGGGAGAGUAUACAAUACUAACUUCAAUCCUCCAAAAGUAGCAGGGAUCGAUGACCUCACUGGAGAGCCUCUGAUUCAGCGUGAAGAUGACAAGCCGAAAACUGUGAUCUCAAGGCUCCAGGCCUAUGAAAAGCUAACCCAGCCAGUUUUGGAAUACUAUCAAAAUAAAGGCAUUUUAGAAGUCUUCUCAGGGACGGAAACCAACAAGAUCUGGCCUCACGUGCAUGACUUCCUUGCCAAGAGGUUGCCGGCUCUUUGUUAAAUGAAGGAGUUCAACAGCAAGACAGAAGACGGAUUUUCUAUUAAAUGGAUUCGCGAUUGAUUGCAUUAUUAACAGAAGGGACAAUCCCUGUGAAAAUUAUCAUUUGAUGAUAAAGAUUUUUCUAAGCAUUUUUAGUGGAAGCUUUAUUAAAAUAUUUUAAGAGUAUUGUUCAAAAGUGGUUGGUAGACUAAUGAAAAAUAGUCUUAAGAACUGAAACAAAUCCUGCUUUGUUUACAAAGUUGACACAUUGUCAUACUAGUAUUAACUAUUUCCCAUUUAGAUACAGUUUGAAGAGUAUAUGACCACUAAACAAGUGUAAAAGUAACUGCUUCUGCAUGGUGUUGCUCAAUAACAUUGUCGGUUGGUUGACUAAAACAAAGUUGAGUCCUUCAAUAAAUAACCAACCAUCUGUGACGAAUGCAGUAACUAGAGUUCGGAAAGGUACAUGUUCAAAGCUCCUUUAGAAUUAUCCCAAAUCCUAUCGAGGAUUGUGGUUUCCUGUGGAGCUAUUGAAGAUCUGCUGUGAACCACUUCCUGUCACUGAUCUCAUGAAAUGGGAAAGAAGCUGAUUCAGGGAAUCUGUGAACAAUGCCGCCAUCUGGUUUAGAUGUUAUGAACGGCACUCACUCCCUUGCUUGGGCAGUAAAGCUUGGCAAUUAUGAAGAAUGCUGGAAAUAUUCUGACCAACUGUACCUUAAUUCCCCAUCUUUUAGACCCUUUAAUAUACUUAGUAACAAUCACAGUCUUGAAAUGGAGAUGAUGUCCGUUGCCACGUGUAGGAGAGUUUCACAAUUCUGCAGCUCUAUUGAAAUGCUUUCUAACUUUUUCCUAAAAGUCCCAAUUUUGAUUUUAAUACUGAACUUCCCUGGUCCGAGACCCCCUCCCCCCAACAAUUACUUCCCAUCUACUUAUAUUUCCCUUCAGCCUAUGAGUUCCAGUGAGUACUGUAUUAGUUUCUGUAAUCUCUUUAUAAUUUAACAUUUUUGUAUCCAGCCAUCAUUCUGGGAGAUUAUGCGGUAUUUCAUCCAGGACAUUAAGGUUUAGUGCCAAAGAACUACCUACUGAACUUUGUGUAAUUCCACUAGUACCUUUUAAAAAUGUGACUUCACUUAUACAUCCUUGCAUUCUUAUGCUCUAGAUUUAAAACCAUACAUUAGUUGUUUUAUUAUAUUUUUGUUGGUGGUUGAUAUUAUUAUACAAUGUACUUGGACUCCCAAGUCCCUGGUAGAAUUUGGGGGAGUUGAUAGGAAUGGGGAAAAAUACAAAGGAGUACAGUGGAUUCUGGUUAAUUAGGUUAUCAUUUAAUAGGAACAGCUGUUUAGUUGGGAUAACUCUUAAAGAAUAAAAAUAGCUAGAAUUCCUUUUGUUUAUUUAGGACACUAUGCCUCUUAAUUAGGACAGGAGACUUCUAACUAGCGUUAGUCGCGUGUUCUCAUGUGGCUGUUAUACGCCACUGUGCUUGGAGGAAUUAGUUUUUAAAAUAGCGUUAGUUGCUUUCGUUUGUCUUCAAAAAGCAGUGACUUUUGUCACUGAUAGUUGGUGAGAAAUAAGCAGUAAGACAAUUCUGAACUGUUUUGCUCACUGUAGUUUUGAGCAUUCAAGGUUGGAGAUGCCAGAAAUGGCAAAUAGUAAAAAUGAAACAAUUUCACUUCUUCAAUAUGUUAGGAAUUAUUAAGAAUUUGAAGGUAUUGAUAAUCAUUACAAAUAUUACAAUUAAGAUUUAGAGGAUGCAGUUGUCUAAAGCACUAGUUGUUUGUGCUUAUUUUGUUCAUUUACAAUCAAUGAUAUAAAAACAGAUGAAUUCCUCCCUUGAUAACUACUAGGAACCAAUAGUUUUAUGGUACUGUAGAGGUAUUGGUAAUGUUCUAAUUUGUUAUCUAUUUAAAUGCAUAAUUUGUUAAAUGGUAAUUUCUCAUUUUUUAAAAUAUCUUUUAACUACUUCCAUUAAACUUCAGCUAAUUUGGCCAGCUGCUUAAUUGGGCCAAAAUGCGCUGGUUCCAAUUAACCUGAAUCCACUGUAUUUGUAAGAAUGGGGUAAAUGGGUGUCUUACGAUCACUGUAGACUCAUUAGGCUGAAAGACCUUUUAACUAUUACUGAGUUUCAAAAUUUACAACAGGCCCUUUACUGCUUUUUAUUUUCUAGAUGCAGAUUGGAUGAUCUGUCUUGAGAUAUCCAAAGCCAGUUUGGCCUACUCUCAUUAUCUAUUAUCUCUUUGUAAUACUAUUCUUCCAUAUGUCUGCUCUUCUUUGCGUGAUCUUAAAGCUUUAUUACAUGGCUUCUAAUUAUCUUAUAUUUAUGAAUACCCUUUUCCUACAGCUCAGCGACUCUCCUUAAUAAAUUAAUAAUUUGCUUUGUGGGCUUCAACUUCAGCUCAUGGAUGCUCAGAGGGGAAUUCACCAAACACCUUUUGGAAGUGAGUCCCAAACACUGAGUGCUUACGUGUGUAUGGGACUCAAGUUAGUCACCUCUGAAAUUCAGUGUCUUUUUUAAGGUUUUAUCUCCCUGAUAAUUCCACACAGGGUGAAACAUUCCCUCAGUUAUUUAUUUUCAUCUUCUACAGAGUGCAUUGGUAUACACAAGUAUCUAAUGUAAAUAAAUUGUUGCUGAAUUAAGGGAAUUUUGGAAGUUAAUUAUUAAGGCAUUUUCAAUAUUCUUAAGUGACUCUUUUGAAUCUUAGGAACUCGAUUUCCAACCUGAGCGUUGUUUGAGUGGAAUUAUUUUCUUCAUUCCUUAAGUUAGUGGACAUGUUGUCAUGAUUUAUACUUGGAAAAAGACAAGUAGUACACCACUUUUAGUUUUGUCUCCAUUGUGUAUUUACAAGAGGUCCAUAUUGCUUUUUUAAUAAUUGUAAAAGGGAACUGCGUAACAUUUUACCUCAAAGUCAAAAGGUGAUGUCUUUCAGAGACACUAGAUCAAGACCUUAACUGGUGUUUUAGAUGGGAUCACAUGACAUUACUUAGGGAAGACAAGGAUGUUGGGUCCUGGCCAAGAUGCGUCUCAUUUAACAUAUUUUGGGGAGUACAGAUGUGCAAACUAAUCCUGUUUCCUUUGUUAUAACCAACUGAUCACCAAACAGCACUUUGUUUCAGGUGGAUGUGGGAAGAAAGCUAAUGCAGACAACACAAAUAGAACACCUGUCUGUAUAACACUAAUGAGAAGGCAGGUUUUAAAUAACCCUCAUACUUUAGUAUACACUAAGCAGGUAACCCAUUCAGAGACUGAUCCCAGGUGGCCUGGCUAUAUCCUGCCCUCUCCUGCAGCUCUUUACAAUGAGGUUAACUAUGAUUCUGGCUGCUUGGUAACUUAAAGCAUUGAUUGAGGCAAGUUGACUUUCUUUUCAUCUGUGAGUAAAGGAUGGACUUACACUAAAUAUUAAAAAUCAGAGCUAACCUUACCGCGCAUUCUCAACUCAGCCUAAUCUUUUGAUCUCAAGUUUGCAAACCUACUACACUGCAGGGCUUAAAAAUUCGUGAAUGGUUUUUCUUUCUAGAGAAAAGUCCAGGUAUCUUAAGUAUUUGCUCUUUUCAGUGUCAAAAUUGUUCUUGUUUUAAAAUGCAUAUAAUUCAAAGGGAAGUUAUUUUAAACUCUUACUAUUUUUAAACUAUGACUUGGUACUCUUGAAGCUUGUUCAACUCAAUUGUUUCUAGUUUAUGUAAUUGUCUCAGAAUAUAAAAUAAAGUAAUAACUGUCAUUUUAGACCCA